AGCAAAUGGGCAUGGCUCUCCUGAUUCUCCCUUAAGGACCAUUCUUCUUCUUCCAUCCGUGAUACUAUGAGAAAUGGGUGUGUCCCCCUCUGAGGAUCUGAGAGGCAUUCUAGUAAAAAGAUAAAUUUCUUCCUUGCGAUCUUAGGCUUUGGGUGUUCCUUAUUCUGGGAAGAGAUUUAAAGCUGUCUGCCAGACCCGUGGGCUGUUAAAACAAGACAGUGCCACAAUGCUGAGCUCAGGCCUGCGGAGUCCCCUCCUCCCCCUCCUCCUCCUCCUGCUGCUCACAGCCAUGGAGCUGAGCUGGUCCUUUUCAAGUGAGGACAAAAAGCUUAUCUUGGACCUGCACAACCAGUACCGGUCAAAGGUCUCACCUCCAGCAGCAGAUAUGUUGAAAAUGAGCUGGGAUCCAGAGUUGGAAGCCAUUGCCAAAGACUAUGCAACAAAAUGCAUUUGGGAACACAACCCGGACAGGGGCCGGCGUGGCGAGAAUCUCUUUGCCAUGUCUGGAGACCUAGAUGUGAAGACAAUUGUGGAAAGUUGGUAUGAUGAAUACCAGUAUUAUAACAUGACUACAUUAACAUGUGAAGAGGGACAGAUGUGUGGUCAUUAUACACAGGUGGUUUGGGCAAACACUGAGCGUGUUGGCUGCGAAACAGUCUUUUGUGAGACCCUGACAGUUCUCAAUGACACUGAUAUGCAUUUAGUAGUCUGCAACUAUGAACCCCCGGGGAAUGUAAAAGGACAUAAACCAUACAAGGAAGGCGAGCCAUGUUCCAUGUGUCCAGAAGGUUACUCAUGUAAGGAUGCUCUUUGCGAAUCCAGUGCUGAUGAGGAGGAAACCACUGCAUCUCCUGGACCCACAGAUCUGGAACCUACUGCCAUCUUGAGUGAAAUCCUAGCUACUGAAGACACCACAAAAGGCCCAUCACCAGAAACACCAGAAAGUACGCAAACUGGCAUAGAAACAGGAUCUGACACACCAGCGGCAGGAGGGCCAACCGCUUCCCCAGAGUCAGCUUUAAAUGUGGACCUUAAAUCAUCUCCAGAACUUCAGACAAACUCAGAUGGGACCGUUCCCUCUUUGGUGACUACAGGAGCCCUAGAGGACUUAACUCUUAGGCCUACCUCCCUACAAACUCAGCAAGUCACCCAUACAGAUAUUCCUUCACCUGAUGGCUCAGCCAUACCCAAACCUACUACGGAUAAGCCAGAACAUUCUACCCCCAAAUUGCCCUCCACUCCUAAACCACCAUCCAAACCGCCAUCCGUUCCCAAACCACCAUCCAUUCCCAAGCCACCUUCUGUUGCUAAACCUCCCUCCUAUCCCAAGCCUCUACCCUUCCCUAAGCCUCCCUCUGACCCUAAGCCUCCCCCCAUCUCUAAAAAACCUGCAAGCCAUCGUUUGUCAGCCUAUGCCAAAGCUAUAAAAAGACAAAGCAAUGCCAUUCAGUCCUCUGCAGGUAAGGCAGAUUCAGUCUCUGUCUGUCUGCCCUGUCUUGGAUGUAAACAAAUUGCCCAUCCUGAAGAAAUAAAGGUUGCCCUGAAAGAGCUGACUUUCCGAUACCCCUACGCGCCUUGUUUUUCCUCCCUUCCCCGGUGGCAGAGACAUAGCAAGUGCAGCUGGUGUGGGCACACUUGGGGGAAUGCACUUAGGAAAGCUAGGCCUUACUGGCUCAACACUUUAUAGCAGUGUAUGUAAUUAGAAGUAUUUAUAAGGAAAGUUCUUCAACUUUGGCGCAUGUAUGUGCAUGUGUGCCCAUGUGCAGGCAUGCAUGUUCUCUUUUCUGCACUUUUGUGGGGGGUUCCAGUCUGCUGGGAAUAGCAUUGUAGCAUGCCUAAGGCUUUGAACAUUUCGCAGACUGUGGCUCACCGAAACAAUGGAGCUUCCAACGAUGUUCAAAGAUGUUAUGUGUUAAGAGAUGUGGUUUCUUUUUAAAGACCCCAGUGUUUUUCCAUAACCAGGAAUGUGGUGCAUGCCUGAACUCUUUCCUAUUUUCUUUUCAUAUGAGCUUUCCAGGGUCAGAGUCCAGGUCUAUAGCAGUGUCAUGGAGCCUCACACUACCAAGAGACUCACCUGUGAUAAGUAGAAAGUUUCACAAUUAUCCAUAAUAUUCCAGAUGCAUAGUUGUUUGUAGGAUUGUGUUUAUAUAUCACACUCCUCUAUUCUUUGAUCUUGGCUGUGGUUUGGGACAGGGAUGUCCAUCCCUAUGCUGCAGCCUCUGCUUGUCAAUCCAUUCCUCAUCUGAAGUGCCAUAGAUCAGUGGUUCUCAACCUGUGGGUCCCCAGAUGUUUUGGCCUUUAACUCCCAGAAAUCAUAACAACUGGUAAACUGGGUGGGAUUUCUGUGAGUUGUAGACCAAAACACCUGGGGACCCACAGGUUGAGAACCACUGCCAUAGAUCAUGUGAACAGAACAGAUCUUAUAAGCAGAACAAGUUAUAUAGGCUAUGUUACUAUCUUUAAUUUGUUCCAAAUGGUGAAUUUGGUUCUUUUAUUUUCCUUGGUAACAUCCUUUUGGCCUAAAAACCAAAGUUGUAGGUUUAUAAGAUAAUUGUUCAUGCCCAGUGUGAAUGUCCUGCAGGCAGAGGUAACCUGCCCAUCCAGAGAAAAUGAAUGACUGAUUUGGGGAGACUGAUGUGAGUCUGUGUAAAAACACACUGUGUAUGAGCUGCAUCUGUCAAUAAAUAAAUGAUGUAGUGUACAAGCCUCAGAUAUUUGUGAGCAAGAUUAAUUGUGUGUGUGGAAUGAGUUGUUCCAGGUUUCUCCCCUUAUCAAAUGUCUCCAAUGUUACAAUUAUUUAGACCGGUGGUUCUCAACCUGUGGGUCCCCAGAUGUUUUAGCCUUCAACUCCCAGAAACCCUAACAGUUGGUAAACUGGCUGGGAUUUCUGGGAGUUGUAGGCCAAAACACCUGGGGACCCACAGGUUGAGAACCACUGAUUUAGACCAAAUAACUGGCCAUUUUCCAAAUCUCUAUUUGAAGAGCUGACCUGCUUGCUGCAUUUCUUUCUUGGUAUAAUCUUACCUCUUGAUCUUCAGAUCUGCAUUGUCUUGCAUUCAUAAUUGGGAAAUGGAUUAGACUUGAUCUCUCUUUAGUUGUGCGCAGGUGUCUUGCAUGACACACACUCUUUCUUUCCAUUGCACUGAGCCUGCAUGGAACCAAAGCAAGUCCAUUUCUCCUCAGCUGAUUUUUCCUCCUCCUCUUCUUCUUUUUUUUUUAUUUUAAAAAUCACAGCACGUGGCAGUGUUACUGAAGAUCUACUGAUGGAUCCACCCAGGAAAGAUUCACAGAAGCCCAUCUGUUCAAACAGCCAUUCUUGCUUGUUGUUCACCCCUCUUUCUUUAUUAUUCACUCCCAUUCUACAUAACAUCCUCUCCUGAGACUCCUACAUAAUUUGUCCUAAUGUUUCUUUCUUCUGAGAUACCAGAGGCUUCUUUAUUAUUCCGCUCUUUGGAGUACAUAUUUUGGCCUGAAAUAUAAAGUUGUAAGUUUAUAAGACAAUUGGAAGUCUGACUUUUGUGGAUUUUUUUAAUUUGUGGAUUUGUUUAGAUCAGGCAUGAUGCCAUUAGGAAUUGUGGUAGUUGAAGUCCAAAACACCUGGAGGGCCAAAGUGUGCCCAUGCCUGGUUUAGCUGUACUCUUUAGGAAUCCCUAGGUCCCUCAAAGCAAUUCUGUGGUCAGCUUCUGCUGGAGAUUGAACUUAGGGUUAUACCAGAGGAUUUAGAGGCUUGAUAGCUAACAACUAGUAUCUUGGCUAAGCAUGCAAACAGCUUAUCUAAGAGACAUGACAAUGCUGGAAUGUUAAGAGAUUUUUAUCUGGAGAGUAGAAAUGGGAAGGCCUGGGGGGGGGGGGGAGGAAAAAAUUGGGGCCGUUUUCCCUGGAAAAACUUUUUUUAAAAGUGUGUAGAAACAAAAAGUCUCAGAAAUCUUUGAGGUUUUUGUUGGGAGAUCAUCCUGGACUACUCAAGUCCAAAUGUAGUUAGAUAGAUGAUAGAGUUAGAUUGAGGGAAUCCUUUCCCUGUUUCCAAAGCAUGCCUAGACAGGCUUUACUGUGUUUCACUCUAUCCUGUUUACGUCACUUUGAAGUUAGUAGCAAUGUGAAUCUUUAGUAACACUAACUUCCCAUUGGUCAGAAUGUCUUUUAUGGCCCCAAUAAACUGGACCAUGAGGUCAGAACCAUUUUGGUUCCCUCUUCUCCCUUUGUUCUUCAAGCUAACAAGAAGCAUCCUGCCAUCUCUCCUGGCAAGAUGUAACUAUGUAGAUGUUUGUUAUUUUUCCUUUCUUAUUUUUCCUUAGAAACCAGUCUAUAGUAGUCUAGACAGCUCCCAAGCCUUUCUAUCUACAAUGGAGUUCUUUUUACCUGAAUAAAUACUUUUUGAACUUUUAUUGAGACUCUGCAGUCCAUUGCUUCUCUUGCUCGCCAGUGUAAGUAACUGUUGCAUUUGAAUGCUUUGCUUUUGCUACUCUGCUGAUUUUGGUGGAAUCUCCCCCAGAGAGGGUUAAAUUGAGUCUAACUGCUCAGAGAUUACCACAACAGUUUUCAUAUUAUAUAGUUUGAAUACCAUGUCAUAGCUAUAUUAUUUAUCAUUGGAAAAGAACAUAUUCUACACACUUUUCAAUUUUUCUGGAAAAAAUGGCUUUGGAAAAAACUGGAAAAAAACCUGUUUCCCCAAUUUUUCUGGGGGUUUUCCAGGCCUACCCAUCUUUACUGGCGAGUAUGUUCCACUGAUUUCAAUCAAACCUAUUUUCCAGAGCUAGGAAAGGCUAAUUUUUGGAUUACAGUACUGUACCUAGAAUUCUCCAAUCAAUAGAGCUUUGGUCAUGGUGACUGGGGGGAUUAUGAGAGUUGUCAUUUUCAAAAAUCCCACACCUUUCCCAAAUUUCAUUACGUAUUUUCAGCUUACAGUGCUUCAGACUAACCUUGUGUCCUUCAGUACAACUGCAGGUAUCGAUAUAUUGUGAUAGCAGCAAUAGCAGUUCUUGAUGGACCACUCAUGGAAGGUUAAUUCGAGAGAGAUUGCUAGGAAAUAUUAAUUAGAUUCAGUUGUGCUGACAAAAUUGUAGGUGCUAAAAUAAUAUAGUUGCUCUCACUUGUAUUCCGAAAUUGGACUUGCUAUAGCAGUGGAUCUCAACCUGUGGGUCCCCAGGUGUUUUGGUCUACAACUCCCAGAAAUCCCACCCAGUUUACCAAUUGUUAGGAUUUCUGGGAGUUGAAGGCCAAAAUAUGUGGGGACUCACAGGUUGAGAACCACUGCACUAUGGCAUGCUGGUCUUCCCUCUUGCUGCUGGUAAUUCAGAACCAGCUUGUGUUGCUGCUUCGGUUGCCUGAAAUAGCGAUGUAGAAGUGAUUCUAUCCCAUCCUAUACACCAGGGGCCCACUUACAUUACAUAAUCAAAGCACCACAAUUCCAUUUUUACUAUCAUGGUUCUAUCAUAUGGACUCCUGGGACUUGAAACUUAGGGAGGGCAUUUUGAAGUCUCAACCAGAGAGCUCCAAUAUCUCACCAAAUUUCAAACCCCAGGAUUCCAUAGAAUGGAACUCUGGUAAUUAAAGUAGAAUAAUAACACUAUAACUGUCUGAGGCCCAUGUUUGUCAGAGCAAUGGCUCGUCAGACCAACUUCCUAUGAUUCAGUUGUUGGUGCUGCUUGGAAAGAUUAUAGGACUACACUACCCAGAAACCCCCAGACAGCUUGAUUGGUGACCAUUCUUGUUAAGGGAUUCUGGGAGAUGUAGUUCAGACAAAUAAUGGUUCCAAGUUUUUGUAUGGCUGUUCUUUCCUUGUAUGGUCAGUGUCUAUGUAUCCUUUCCUUGAAUCUUAAGGAGACUUCUUCAUGACUCAGUGAAAAUUCUUUCAUGCAGUAACAAUUCUAUUCCAUAUCAGAAAAAUGUCAAGUCUAGGAGUUAUUUUCAGCUUUGCAUUGCCUGUUACAUACUGUAUAGCCUUUCCAUCCUGUUUCCAUUUAGAAAAAAAGGAUAUUGUUGGUCUAUAAAACUGCCAAAACCACAUCUGAAUAUUCUCUAAGAAAACCUUAUGAAACUCAUGGGGUCUACAUAUGUUGAUAGAUGACCUGAAAGCAGAUACACACAGAGAGAACAAUUUGUGGUGUGAUUUGUAGUGUUUUUAUAUAACCUCUCUCAUUUUGGAGCUACUUAAAAUAAGUCAACAAUUACACAGAAUGCAUCUUGGACAUGAAAACGUGUGGAAAGUUCUUCAAAAGGUCAGACCAAACAGAACUGGGUUUUACUCUAUGAAGAAUAAUGGCCAAAUUGCUGGGCAAUUUGGUCAAUUGUACAUCACAACCAAGACUUUUUUUCUCACCAUAUUGCUGAUGGAUUUGUGCGUUGUUCUGUUCCAGGCAUGGUGUGUUACUCUAAUGACAAACCUCAGUUGGUCCAGCUAAGAUCCAUUUGAAGGUGCCAAUUGAAUCUUGUAUCCACAAAUGUGGUGUUUUUUAAUGUUGUUGAUAAGGGGUUGCAUUUUAAUGUACAAUGAGUUAGCAUUGUGAGGCAUGUUUUAAAUGUGCCUGGAAAGUGGUGCUAAUAAUAAAAGCUAUUUUAAAAUCCA